AUGGCGAGGCCUAUGAGCAUCGUGGAUCAUGGACCCAACGAUGGCACCCACCGCCUAUAUGACGUCAAAUUCUUCACAGAAACGAUUUUAACCAUAGUCACAAGCACACCCUCUUACGUUGACACGUGGAUCUCCGACAUCGAACGCCUCCACAGCCACAGUCUCAGCUCCCUCAUCGUCGGCCUCGAUCUCGAGUGGCGUCCUAACUACUGCCGCGACUGCAAAAACCCUGUGGCGACACUCCAACUGUGCGUGGGACGCAGAUGCCUGAUUUUCCAAAUCCUCCACUCCCUAAUUAUCCCUUGGUCGCUCUGUAACUUCCUCAGAAAUCCCUCCUACACUUUCACCGGCGUCGGAAUCGAUGAAGACGUGAAGAAGCUUACGGAUGAUUACUUCCUUGUAGUUGCGACGGCGGUUGAUUUAAGGUUGAUUGCUGCGAAGAAGUACCGUGUGAAGGAGCUUAAGAAUGCAGGGUUGAAACAAUUGACGAGAAAGGUUCUUCGGAAGGAGAUGAGCAAGCGGAAGGCUGUUACGAUGAAUCGGGAGGAUCUUGAUUUUAGGGAAUCGAACAAAUUCGAAUUAUCAAUCCAUGAUCUAAUAAGAGUUUAGUGUGCCUCAAGGAAGAUGGAGCCUUCUCCAUGAAUCUGUAGUUUUGCAUUGUGGUGAUAAAUUCAAAAGUGUUGUCUUUUUAACAUCGUAAGUUAAUAGAGAUUAGACUUAUUGGACUUCU